AUGUCGAGACAUCCAGAAGCUAUGAGGCUUCUAGAAGCCCAGCUCUCACCAUCCGACAACCUGGACUGGGUCAUUUACGAGCAGCCCGUCGUUGCAUUGUUUUCAAAAACAGGCAACCCAGCAUAUACCGAUUACGAUCGGGAGCAUCUAGGGCACCCUUCGGCCGACACUAAUGGCCUCAAACUUUGGAUCGCCCACAACGAUGAGGCGAAAAAGCUCCUUGUGGUGCUCACGCAAGAGAUUCGUUUGGUUAGGCGAAGACAACCUCGCAUGUUAUACAUGCUCGUGCCUGUUGAGUCUCUGGACAUCGAGACUGUUGGUCCCGCCUCUUGGGCCAUGGCAGAUGGCGUUGUGCCAUUGCACGUCGUCAAUACAUCAGAACAUGCCACAGUGGACCCGUCACAUCCACUUGUGCGCACAUCCUUCUCGCUUGCCGCCAAGUCCUCGGUUCUUAUGCCCAGCUUGCCGUUCUCUGGUCAAAUAUUGCCAGAAGCCAUGAGCUUGCUGCGCAAGUUCAAGAUCCUCUCCGAAGCAUCUCGCUUCGACCUUUUUGUCACCUACAAACCCUCGCCCCUUCAUGGCUUUCUUCGGGUCACGACCAUUCUUGAGAAUACCUCCGUGACGGGCUUCAGCGUCAAAUACACCGACUUCUACUCCGAAGGGAGACAUGCGGUCGUAGACGCAUGGGAGGCGCAAGGCUGGUGCCCUGCCGAUGAAGAAGGCAGCGGUCAAGGGGUCAAGCGCAAGCAUGACGAGAUUUCAGGGGGUGGGUCCCUACCACCACCCUAUAGAAACCCAGAGUCAGGGGCUGCGGCUGGGUCUGGGCCAGCGACAUCACCGGGUCUCAUACCGACAUCUCCUUUCGACAUGGCCAUGAUCGUUUUCGAAGAAGAUCGUGAGUCUGGACAGCAGUCCGAGCAUGAGUCGCCGUUGUCUGGAGUGUACCCUCGAGGUCGCUCAAUCUCGCCUCCAACAGUGGUUGCCACACCCAUACCACUGUCGCCGAACUUCGAGUUCAGCGCUCUCGCUCCUAGUGAGCCACCACCAGACUACGACCCUCCAAUGGCACCAACUGCGGCUGGUCACCGCAUCGUGUUGGUGAGAUGGUUGGUCGUUCUUUUGCGCCUGUACCCAGACAUGCACUAUAUAUGUGCAAGGGAGUUGCUUGCGCUUGGAAUGGCGGCGAGGAUGGGAGAUUCAAGGNGGGUGAGGGCUGCGAGGGCCAAAUGCAUGGCCACAAUUCUCGGUCGGCAGGCAGAGAGUAAGAUCUCGCCAGCAAGGAACGAUGUGGAGGAUUUGGUGGGUUGGCUCCUUGUGCUGGACCCAGAGGGUGGAGAUCUGGCGUUCUUGACGCAGAUCACGGAGAUGGCUCAGGCUUGGGGACGUGAAAGGGGCGCCGGCCUAGGGCCAACCCCUCGUUCGUCAGAUGGAGCGUUGUUUAAGGAGCCUGGCUCUUUUUCUUUGAACGUUGUGGAUUUGGCUCUCUGCAAGGCAGGCCUCAUCAUUGAUGCCACCAUGAAGUACGGCAGUGUUUGGGAGGGCAAGGGAGGCUUGUUGAAAGUUUUGAUGGACGUUGAGCUGCAGUACAGAUAA